AUGGCAUCAACUAGUAAUGGAACCCGCGAAGACGACGAUGAAGGCGACGAAGACAAAGUCGAGUUCAAGUCCUGCUUCACGAACUGGAUGACACAACAAGAAGAUGACCUGGAGGAACUGAACCGUGUUAUGGAGUUUGAUUCGGAUGAUGAAGUAAAACUCCGGGCUGUGGUGGAAAGGGUGUUGGGUCAUUUCCAGAAUUACCUUGAUAAGAGGUCACAGACGGUUCGUCACAACGUGUCGGGUUUGAACAUACCGUCGUGGUGCCCAACUUUCGAGAAGUCCGUCCUCUGGAUGGGAGGAUGUCGAGCCACCAUAUGCAUCCGGUUGGUGUACGCGUUGUGUGGGUUUGAGGCGGAGGCGACAAUAAUGGAGUAUCUCCAAGGAGUGAGGAGGGAAAAUAUCGGCGAGCUAACUGUCAACCAAUUCAAUCUCAUCAACACACUCCAAAUGAACACAACCAUGGAAGAGAACCGACUUUGUGCUGAAAUGAUUUCUUUUCAGGAUAGUAUGGUUGAUGAGCCGCUGAUGAGUAUUGCCAAGUGCGCCAAAGUAGUGGGGGAGCGUAGUGAGGCGAUUGAGAGAGCAAUAGAGAGGAAAACGAUGGAAAUGGGGAAUUUGAUGAAAGAAGCCAACAAACUGAGGUUGAACACACUCAAAGAACUGCUUACCAAUAUUCUCACGCCCCUUCAGUCAGUCAAGUUUCUCAUCGUCUCCAAGAAACUUCAUCUUUCCCUCCAUCAAUGGAGCGAUAACCGUGACGAAGUCUUUAAUCCAACCCACAACGAGUGA